GGGCAAGCUAGUUAAUUCACAUCCAGCAUUCCCCAGACCUGUCCACCUGGGCCCCGUUUGGCAUUGAACCAACUACGUCAGUCAUAUCUCCCUUUGACUGACUGGACCCAGACUCUUGUCGCCAGAAGGCUCUGCGGAACUACUUUGCCAUCAUCUUUCGUCCGCAAUGGCAGAAAAACAAGAAUCGCUCGGUCAUACCGUGGUUGUAGGGGGCUGUGGUUUUCUUGGGAGUCACAUCGUCAAAUUGCUGCUCUCACGACAUCCGAAGACUAAAAUCUCGAUACUUGACCUUCGGAUAAAGGACCAGAUACCGAACCCACAAACAUCGUACCAUUCUUGCGACAUCACCGAUGCCGAAUCGCUUCUACAACUGUUCAAGGAACUCAAGCCAGAUGUAGUCAUACAUACAGCAAGCUCAACGGCCUUUUUGCCAAAGGAUAUUACGUACAAGAUCAAUGUAGAAGGCACCAAAAAUCUUCUGAAGGCUGCACAGGAAACUGGGGUUAAGGCGUUUGUUUAUACAAGCUCAGCAAGUGUGAUCAUGGGUGAAAUGACGGAAAUGAUCAAUGUUGACGAGCGAUGGCCUGUUGUCAUUGGGGACAGACAGCCAGAAUACUACUCUCAUACAAAGGCAGUGGCAGAGAUGGCUGUAUUGGAAGCCAACCGCUCCUCUAAAACCUUCCUCACAUGCGCAAUCCGGCCAGCCGCGAUUUUUGGUGAAGGUGACGUACAACUACUACCUCCAAUGGUAAAGGCGGCGAAAUCUGGGCAGUCGAAGUUCCAGUUGGGCUCAAACGACAACUUGUUUGAUUUCACGUAUGUGGGGAACAUCGCACACGCACAUCUUCUGGCUGCUGUCGGCCUGCUUGCCACGGCAAAACUCAACUUAUCGCCUCUAGACACGGAAAGAAUUGACGGUGAAGCAUUCUUCAUCACGAACGACUCACCGGUAUAUCUCUGGGACUUUGCCCAUUCCGUAUACAGAGAGGCUGGCGCAACAACAGGUGUGGAUCCGAACAGCGUGUGGCAUAUUGGUGCAGAUUUCGCAAUUACGAUCGCAGGUCUGGCAGAGUGGGCUCUUUGGCUAUUUGGAAAGACGCCAAACUUGACCAGAAGCAGAGUGCGAUACAGCACAUUAACGAGGUAUUAUAAUAUAUCGAAAGCAAAGGAACGUCUUGGUUACGCGCCAAUAGUAGGCUUGGAAGAAGGUAUUAAGCGAGGGGUCAAGGAUGUGCUGGCGAGGGACUUUCCUGAAAAGUGAAUGAUUACCGACUAUACACCAACCGGCUUCAUUUGAUUACAAUCAGUUUAGUUAUGAUGCGGACUUUGUUAUCUCAGUUUUAUGUUUCCACAUGCCGUUCAAAUUUUCAGUGACUUUCCUACA